AUGAGACAGUGGAAAACGGCUUGGAGGCUUGGAAGACGCUUGAACAGUGGUGGGGCGCCAGGAAGGCUGGGAUCUGGCGUUUCGGGACACGGCCAAGGUCAGGAGCAUCCUUGGGGGAUUGUGAAGACGAUGUUCAACAAGGAGUCCACGACCGUCACUUACAAAGCACAAAAGGGCACACACACUGACGCUGUGCCACAAGUGACGGUGUCGUUUAGUAACUUGUUUCUGCGGGACUCUUCGCAAAGCUCGAAAUCCGUGGAUCCGAUGUCGGGCCAGAAACUGUUUAGAACCGGCGAACUGCUGGCCAAUCCGUCUGCCACCAUUCCGCAGAAUAUCGAAGUUUCGCCCGACAAACAGGCGCUGCGGAUCGACUGGGGCGAUGGCGACUCCUACAGCUAUCCGUUGGCGUUUUUGGACAAGUUUUCAGGCCACCCGAUCGACGACCUGGCCGUCAUGUCGAGGCCCUUCCAACAGCGGCAACAACCGGUCAAACCAGUGCUUUGGGAUCGUGACUUACUGAAACAAAACAUCGGGAACCUUUUGUCGGUCAACUACGACGCAUAUUCUAGUCCCACCAAUUCAGACGCUUUGCAUCACACGCUCGUCAAUCUCCGCAAGUUUGGAAUUUCGUUCAUUGCCGAUAUGCCUCAGGAACAGCCAGAAAAACUGCUGAAACAAGUGGCCGAACGUAUUGGUCCCAUCAGAAACUCGUUUUACGGCGAGACGUUCGACGUAAGGAAUAAAGCUGGCGCUGAAAACAUCGCAUACACCAAUCGACCACUUUCUCUGCAUCAGGAUCUCUUGUACCUGGACCACGCCCCGGGUUGGCAGAUCCUCCACGCUAUUCAAAACUCGUCUGAUGGGAGCGAAGCUGGCAUGAGCUACUUUGCUGACGCUUUUAAUGCUGCUCGUUUCGUUCGCGACACGGACGCUGAUGCCUAUGAGGCACUCACUCAAUUCCCCAUUAACUACCAUUACGAACGCAACGAAAACCGCUACUACAACUCAAGACCUCUAAUUGUGGAGAACGAAGUCAAUGCAGACAAUCUGACUUUGUUUGACUACGUUUCACUCAUAAAAGAGGUAAACUACUCCCCCAUGUUCCAGGCCCCAUUCACAUUUGGAAUUUGGGAGAAACCAAAGGGUCAAGACCUGACUACUGCUAGCGGAAAGCUUACACAACGGCUGUUAUUCAAAGAUUUUCUACGAGGACUGGCACUAUUCGAAAAGUUCAUCAACAUGCCUGAAAACCAGUUCAGGCUUAAAUUGCCAGAGAAUGCUUGUGUGAUUUUUAACAACAGGCGUUUGCUACAUGCCCGGACAGCAUUCUCUGGUGAAAGGUGGCUGCGUGGAUGCUAUUUGGAUGAUGAUGCGGUGAAAAGCAGAUUGCAGUACCUUGAAGAAGUAGAUGCAGAUUUAACUAAGUUAGAUAAGUAA